CCAGGCCACACAGCUUCUUCUCAUUAUUGAACUGCUUUCGUUGUACUAUCCACAAGAUAAACGGCAUUUUAAAAAUUUAUUUCAGUAGAAAAUGCAUCUUGAUGACUUUUAUAUCUCUGUUUUCUUUAUUUUUUAUUAUAUUUGAAGAGGAGUUUUAAAAAUCUGAAUCUCAAGGCAUCUACUGCAACCCAUGCCUUAGAUGAGAGCAAUCCAGCUCAGGACAAGACACGCCCCCAGCUGAUGUUGUGACUCUCCCGUCUGGACUCCAUCACAGACUGGUCCCGAAGCCUGUGGUCACUACAGGCGUGGCAUGUACGCUGGACCUCAACAUCUACGGAGGAAACGAAGGGUUUCCGGCCUGGCCUGUGGCUGCCAACUUGAAGGUUCUCUGAGAGGCGGGGCUGGGAGAGGGUUCCUGGGAGCUUGGACAAGCGUCCUCAGUUGCCAUGGAAGCGAGGCGCAGUAUAGGCCCCAGCCAUGGAAAGAAGCCCUGUGACACUUGUCCCCAUGGAUUAUUAGUAUUCACUGGCUCCUCAGAAAAGGACACCAGCUUGGCCAAGCAGUUUUGGGUCACGGCAUCCCUGUAUCCUCCUAAGGAAUCCCAGCUGGUGCUGUCGGGCAGCAGCUGUCAGCGCCUGCGGAUGGCCAGGUCCUCCAAGAGCAGCGCCACUGAGAAAAGUUACUUGCAGUCUCUUCUCCUUGAGAAAAAAAAGGGAACAGAUACCAUUGAUGAAACCCUAAAGAUGGAGGAGAAAAAAAAGUAUCUGGAAAAGGCUAAAAAGAGAGAUGAGAUUCUCCAACUCUUAAAGAAACAAAGAGAAGAAAGGAUCUCGAAAGAACUGAUCUCCCUUCCUUAUAAACCAAAGAGCAAAGUCUAUAAAGAAAAGAAAGUGAUUCCAGAGUCCAAUAAGGAAGACCAAGAAGAAGUCAAAGCCUUGAACUAAAUGAUUGACACGUCAUAGAGGAUGGCUCACUUAAUUCUUCACUUCUGAAACAACCUAGUCCUACAUCAGGAU